ACCGCAUAUGAAACCAUACAUAUUUAAUUUUUAUUUUGUUUAUUGCUAUUUAUUGAGGACAUAGGAACUAACGUCAAAACUAACUAUAUUUUAGUAUUUGGAUGUUAAUACAUUUGCCCUUGUCUGUUUCAUUUUCAUUGCUUUUGUUUUGAUUCCAAUUUCCACCAUAACUCUCUCCUUAUAAUCAGUAACAAGUCGCAAAACUGUUUCCAUUUCAAUUCAUCGGAAGGAAUUUCAUAACAAUGACCACCACCAAACAGAGUGAUGGUAAUAAUGAUGAUGAAGAACUUAAGCAUCUUGGGUUUGUGAAAAUUGCUGCUAUUCAAGCUUUUGUUUGCAUGUCAAGUCUUUAUGAUUAUGCAAAACAGAAUUCAGGUCCUUUGAGAUCUGCUGUUUGUACCGUUGAAGGUACUGUCACUACCGUUCUUGGUCCUGUUUAUCACAAAUUCAAGCCUCUCCCUCAAGAUCUUCUUGUUUUUUUCGACAACAAGGUGGAUGAAGCAACCAAAAAAUUCGACGAGCAUGCUCCGCCUUUUGCGAAACAAGUUGCCAACCAAGCUAAAGAUUUGAUUCAAGAAGUAACACACAAAGCUGAGAAAACUGUGAAAGAAGCUCAAUCUGGUGGAGCAAAAGCAGCUGCAAAUUAUGUAGCUACAGAAUCAAAACAAAUAGUUCUAACAGGUUCAGUUAAACUAUGGUCAGGUCUUAACCACUAUCCACCAUUUCAUGCAGUGGCAGAAUUAGCAGUUCCAACAGUUGCACAUUGGUCAGAAAAGUAUAACCAUGUUGUUAAGGACAUUAGUGGAAAGGGUUAUGCUGUGGUUGGAUAUUUGCCUUUGAUUCCUAUUGAUGAAAUAGCUAAGGCAUUUAAACAAGGAGAAGGUAAGGUUCGUGCAGGUCAUGAAAAAGCUUCUAAGAAAGAUGUUUCUGAUGAGGUUGGAUCUUCUCCUGCCAUCGCUCUCCAACCUUCAAAAAUAUAUGUGCAGUAGGAGAGAGAAAAUUAAUAAAAAAGAAGGAAGAGUGAGAAAAUGUAAGAGAGUUAGAGUGGGAGAGAAAUAAUUGAAGGAGAGGAUCGAAGAUUGAGUAAUAGUCCUAGUUAUUUUCUUUAAAAGAUGUGGUGUGGUUUGAGAAAGCUUAAUGUAGAGGGUAUGAAGGUAUGAAUGGAAAUUAAUGUAAGAAAUCAUGGAACAAACUAUGUAAGCUUAAUUUUAAUCAUGUGUGUGGAACAUAAUAUGAUUAUGUCAAUGCUGAAUUAAAUGGUCAUUAAGCUA